GAUCUUCUGGCCCUGUUGUGUCACAUGUGGCCUUGAAAACAAAGAGCAUCAUUUGUUAAUUUUUGCGCCAAUUCUGAUUACAGUUUCUCGACUAAAUGAAAACAUCAGCCAGUGCAUAGGGUCAUAUUUUGAAACAAUAUAUAUUACUUUGCUGAUGCCGCUACCAGAUUCAUUCCAUUUUUCAUUUUUGAUCAUUUACACAGGGUAAAGCUAUCAACUAUAUAUAAAGAAAUUGCUUUCCAAGCUGCCCUGUACAAAGAAAAAAGAUAAACCCUAAAAUUUAACAAUACAAAUAAUGAUGAUUUAAUGAAAUUUAAUCAGAGUUAAUUUAACGAGGGGCUUUUGCAUUGGCUGUUACUCCUGAGUUGAUUAUUGACUGUUAUUCAUAUUUUUGGUCUCAUGUGCCACGCCUUCUCAUGGCUCUUUUGCAUUUGCGUUGCUCGUUUAUUGGUAUUGCGAAGUAGUCUUGGCCUCCGGGGAAUUUGUUUAGUAAUGCUAGGGCAACAUUUAUGGCUCAUGGCGGUUUAUAUUCCCUAGGUUAUUCUUGGGGUAUUUAAGGUUUUUGGCAUAGUGUUGGUUUCAUUUGCUUGAUGAAAGGCGACAAAUUGAGUGUGCUGUUUAUUUUCCCAGCCCCCCUCCCUUUCUUUGUUUUCUGUUUUUUCUUGAUGACUUCAAUAAAAACUUCUCGUACCUUUAGGCAUUCUUUAUGUUUUUAGCAUUUACUUGGAUGCUUUCAGGUAGGACUGGUGCAUCGGCUGUUAGUGGGAAAAAGAGACUUUUCUUGUCCAUUCCCUCCCCUUUAUUAAUUAAAUUUGGGGGUUAUUAUGGAAAUUUCCAAAGUAACAGCUUCCUGUUUAGGUUAGUGGUUGGUUUAGCGAUUUGCCAACUCGCUCUCGAUGAUGUGGGAACGUAGCCUCAUGACUGAAUUUCUGAUGUCGAGGGCAUGAUUUCUGAGGGAGCUUUUUGCCCGUCAUUUUGUUGGUAUUUUAUUCACGAGUUAGUAAAUUAAUACAUAAUAGAAUAACAUAAUGAAAGCAGUUAAAAGUACUGGAACGAACGCCAGGAAUAAAAAGUGUCCCUUUUUGUUCUGGAGUUUUCGAGACAGGAUUUAAAUUAUUUAAAAAUUUUUUUGUUAAUUUUGAUUUUGCGUCCAGACCAUUCCAAAGUUUCGCCCCUCCAAAAGAAAUGCAUGCAUUUUUGGCCACAUGUUGUUCAUAGAAACGGGACACGAAGAUCGGUUUCGGUGUUUCGAAGUUUCCGGGUACUGGUUUCUGAUAACCUGUCGAGCUGGCACGCAAGAUACGAAGGAGCCUCAUUAUUUGUACACUUGUAUACCAUUUCAAAAGUUUCUUUUACAAUCAAGUCAUUAACUGUCUGCCAGCCCAGUUUCUUUAUAACUGGAAGAGCAGAAGCGUUGGUUACGAUUCUGGCCGCGCAAGUUUGUAGUUUCUGUAGCUUGUCUAGUGCCGUAAUUCCGCAUACUGGGCAACAAUAUCGAAAUACUUGGCAACAAUAUCGAAAGUACAGCUCUGCCAGAAUUUUAUACAUUGUUUGCACGACUUUGUUUGGAGGUAUUGUUUGGAAUAGCGCAGCAUUCCUAACGCCGUAGAGAUCUUUUUUAUCAUAUUAGCUCAAAUGUUGAUCAACAUAUACCCCAAGGUAUUUACCAGGGCCCGCGCCACCGAUUCUAAAGUGGGAUUUCUUAUUUAAAGGGAGGUUACCUAUUUAAUAUUUUAAAGGGGGAUUUAAUACCUAUAUGGGGAAAAUGCUGGCCUAAGUCACUCUGACUUGCCAAUUAUUAUGUUCAAGAUGUUCUUGUAAUUAAACGGCUUAAAAGGCCACAAUCUCAAACAUAAUCUGGAUGAUCUGCCUAUGUUGCAGAACCCGUUUCCAACUAAAACGAUUUUAAACGAUGGCCGAAGCUUAACUAGAAUCUUUUUCUCAAACGCGUGCGACUCUCAAAACUCUUACUCCCUAACUAACUGAUCACGUGAUCUUACGUCAACGGUAACAAAACGCUAUUUUCUACAACCUAUAGUUAAGAAGAAAAGUAGGGGGUUCAUGGCCCCUCUGCCCCCUUGUGGCGUGGGCCUUGUUUAGUGUCCUUUAUCAUAGAGAUUGUCUCCCUACCUAUUAAGAGAUGGCCUCACUGCCGUAGCUUGCUGAAUAUUUUUAAAUCUUUGCCUGCUACCAACACUUAAGCUGUAGGUUUUGGCAACAUUAAGUGACAGCUUGUUUGCAGCAAGCCACGUUUUGAGACUGGCUAGGUCCUCAUUAACACGUUCAUUGAUUACAGGGAUGAAGUUAGCUGAAAACGAUAAGCUAGUGUCAUCAGAAUAUAUGUUAACUUGUGAAUGUUUCAAUGAUAACAUGACUAUGAUGACAAUGGAAGGUCAUUUAUGUAUAAGAUGAAAAGAAGAGGCCCAAGGCAAGACCCUUGUGGAACACCACAUAUAACUUUUUUUCAAACAUGGACACCGUUCCAUUUACCUUAGAGCAUUGCAUCCUGUUCGACAAGUAGGUAUGAAACCAGCCAAGCUCUUUAUUUCACGCGCCAUAGAGUUCCAACUUUUCAAUAAAAUAUCAUGAUUGACGGUGUCAAAGGCUUUUUUAAGUCGAUGAAUGUUACCGACGUAUAUAGUCCACUGUUUAUGUUUAGGUACCAGUCAUUAGUGCAUUUUAGCAAGCAAGUGAGUACUGAGUGCAGCUUUCUGAAACUUGAUUGCUGCGAAAACAGCAUUUAUACAGCUGGUCAUAGACAAGUUUUCAAAGAUCCGAGACAAAACUGGUAGGAAUGAGACGGGAGGAUAAUUUGACCCUUCAACACCGACGCUAUCCUAGUGAUUUUUCGCAUAUCUGGGAACACCCAAGAAGAAAGGGACAAAUGAAUAAGCUUUGCAAGAGGCUCCGCCAAGAUAGGCUUUCCAGCUUUUAAAAAGAAACUAUAAAUUUCAUCCAGGCCAUGCCCCUGCGAGGUCUUGAACGUAAAAAGUCUUGUAUCGUCGUUCAGCCUCUGUUAAAUACAUCUCCGCUUAUACAGCCUAAACUUAUACUCUCCUGGCCUGAAGGCCUUUGCAUGGUUGGUUUAGAUUUUCUUAUUUCUUCGAUAAAUUGCGAAGCUGAUACAUUUAUCGCAAGCAUCGCAAGGCCCUCAUCGGUGACGAUCGCCGAUAUAUGAUGACCAGGCUUCACUGCACGAUUGAAGAAAUGGUUCGGGGCUUUGUGACAGGGAUAGGUCCAUAUGCAGGACUUUUCAUUCCCGGGCUUUUUGUACGUUCACAAAACUAUUCAGUUAAAUUGGUUUUGCUCUUUUAAAUAACACAUAAUUUCACAAUUAAACGCUUAAUUUUAAUUAGUGCAUAAUUUUACAUAAUUACAUAAUUUGACUGUUUUAGCGAGAUUCAGCACCUCUUGUUGCUGCUCCUCGCGAAAUGACGUUAGUCGCAUGUCUAAUCCAAUAGAAAGAUGACAUUUAUCACCACGUACAGUGAAGGCGAAUAGAACACAAGCAAGUUUUUCUUGCAAGUGGUGACCUAAGACGUUAAAUGCAUUCAGUUAUGAUUACAUUACGAACUUUAUUGUGUUGUCAAGGUCAUCACCUAAGCAGAACUCGCUUUUUAAACGAUUUCUUUCUUCAAAUUUUAUUUUUCGUCACUUUUAAUCAAAAACUGAAAAUUUUCAUUACGAGCUCACGCAAUUGAAUAAACACAUACAGGAUAAACGUCCUAACAUGUUGGGACAGUUUUCAGAAGUCCAACAAACGUUCCUUGGUUAUCUUUUGGAUGAAUGUUCCUUGUUCAUUCUAGACACUGCAUGAAAACAUGUGGACUUCGUUAGCCCUUAUUUGCAUCCUAGCUAGUUUCCAAAUGCUCUUUGAAAGCAACACCUUCUUCACUAUGGGUCAAAUAUUCGUUGAAGAAAAAGAUGAAUCAGCAUCACCCGUAACUCCAACUGAUUUCGUUGUGCCAUUGAAAUAUUUUCAUCGAUGUAAUAUGGACAGAAGCUGCGCAAAGGUUGCACUAGAUAUCAUUACAGGGGAGAUACUUCUGGUUGAGGACGAGUAUUUUAAACAAAAGGGCUUCAAAGUGUGGAAUAAAAACGGAUAUUGUCCAGUUCGCUUCAAGACACUCGGUUGCUUUAGAAGUCACCAUACAUACAAUGGAAAAAGAAAACUGGAACAUAAAAUUUCAACAAGGAUGGACCCACAAGAUCACGUGUUUGAAAAACCAAUGAUACUCUGGAAUGACUUUAAAUUUGAAGCCUUUAAAAUUGUGUGCAAUUGUGUGUCGAAAGCUAAGUCAGUGGGAUACAAUAUUGCCGCAAUUGAAAACUAUGGAGAGUGUUGGGCGUCUGAUGUUAGCCCAAGUAUCUUCGAACCCAGCAGGACAGCGGAUCAUUUAUGUGUAACUAUUGAGUUUGAAACUUGUGAACGGUCAGAGAACCUCUGCAUUGGUAAAGACUACACUCUCUUUGCAUAUAAGGUCAUUUAGCUUUUUACACGUGACUAAAAUAUUGAUGACAAAGUAAGGAAAUACAUAGCCUUGCGUUGUAUAUCAUCACAGAAAUCGAUACAUUGCAUCCUCGUUCAUCCGAGCCUCGGUUACCUGAACCUCGUUUGAUGUGAUGUUUUGUACCUGUACGUAUUUUCAUUUGACAGAACGCUGAUAUAAGCUCGUCUCCAAUUAAUUUCAAGCCCUUAAACUAAUCCAGGAAGUUAGGAAAGCAUCCAAAAGACAAAUCUUCUUGAUAUCUCUGUUAUGAAUCUAUAUUUGAGAUCAAUGAAGAUGUGUGUCAGUUAUUAUCUUAGCAGCAUAACCAAAAUGGUUUUUUUAUUCACAUGUUUUUCCUAACAGAGAAUGGAAAAAUCUGACAAACAGAUCUAAUCUAUCUAAUGCCAUUCGCUUUUACCAUGGUAUUAUUGAAAUUUAAAAUGAAAUUUUUGACUCUUUCUCAUGUAUUGUGAAUGAUUUUUCCUGACCAAAAUCUUAUCCUCGGCCAUCCAAACAUUCGGCUGAUCUGAACCGCUCUUCUUACAUUUUAUUCCAAGCUGUUCGUAUAAACGAGUAUGCACUGUAUAACAAAACGAAUUUAUGACUCAAAACAAAACUGUAUUUUCGCCUUCCCCUAUAACCACUUUUUACCUCAUUGUUUUACCAUUGUUUUACCAAAGCAUAACAAUAAAAUGUUUUUUUCGAAAACAUCACUGUGUAACAAGCCCGGUGAAAGCCAUUCCAGGAAACCAUUUACUAUUUCCUUAUCGUGAAGCCCCCUUUAGAAAAUUCGAAUUGCCUGGGUAUUUUUCCAUUGCCCAACAUCCUCUGCACGUCCAAAGUGUUAAGAGUUAUAAACAAGUUCACCCUGUUUCUAAUUUGACCCUGAGCGCUGGCAACAUUAUUGAAAAUUUUACCCCUUAUCACCUCUGAAUGAUACUCCUAACAUGUUUUGCAUGAUACAUUUUUUCUUUCUUUCAAACCUUCCCUUUGAAAAGAGGAUCUUUAAUGAAAAUCGAACAUCAGAAUUUAAAGAAUUUAGUGGCUGUCUCUACCGGUCCAGUAUUGUCAAUGCCUUUUUGAUAGGUCUCUUCUGUUUUCACUAUAAGAGCUUAGUUAUUCUGCUUACAUUCGAGUUCUUAGAUCGUUCUGCUUUUGCCAGCUUGAAAAUUUGCUUAACAUUGAAUUGGGGAAUUACAACAGCUAAAAGUAUUCUUGUCACUAGGCCAUGUUUAAUUUGUUAUUUUUAGUGACCAAAACAGACAUUGUUAAAUAAUGAAAUUUUUUACAAUGCGUUAAUACCCCUCUUAUAAGAAAUUCACUCAUAUGACAAAGUCCGGAGCAUAUUGUAAAUCCGUUCUCACUGUAUGUUAAUUGUAUUCCUUACAGCUAGUCUAUGGUAAAAUUAUAUGCUCUUUUAAAAAAUCGAUUUCUCC